GGGGCCCUCUCACUGCGGCUGCGGUGCGGGCCGGGCGCGUGGGGCGGCGAGGGAGGCGGGCCUCGGAGACCCCUGCGACCCCCCGAGGUGAGGAGGAGCUCGAGCGGGGCCGCCUGCCACCUUGCUUUGCGCCGUCGCUCGCUACCCCCCUUGUAGGGAAGGGGACGCCGCUGUCCGCGCCCUUCCUCCCGCAGGUGUGUCUGUACAGGCAGGAAGCGCUUCGGGGGUCGCUGUCCGCAAGCGGAGCCCGUCGCCCUAAUUGUCAGCCGAAGGCCAGCCGGGACCGGAAAAGGAAGUCAUGAAAGAUAAUUGUCUGAUGGAUCCAACCUGCUGACCAGUUAGGUGGACACCUGCCAUGGAGUGAGUUGGCAUGGCAUAGUAUCAGGGCUACCAAGAGGCCUGGCCUGGCAUGGAGGCCACAAGCUUCAGGCUGUAGCUUAUAGAUGAGAAGAAUGAGUCCUACCAAUGCUAAGUGAUUUGCUCAAGGUGCCCCACUUCAUAAGAAUUGGAGCCUCGGCCAUCACUCUGUCAGUCUGCCACUAAGUCUACAGGGAGCGCCUAAUCAGAAUGGCUGUGGGAUGGUUCUACUUGUCCUUUUACUCACUGUGGUUCCUGGGCUUGAUGUGCAUCAUCCUCACCAUCUAUUGGGUGCAGUUGUGGCAUGGUGGCUUUGCCUGGGAUGGCACCCUUCUCAUGUUCAACUAUCAUCCAGUAUUCAUGGUUGUUGGCUCAGUGGUACUCUACAGUGCUGCGUCACUGCUGUACCGCCUGCCGCAGUCGUGGGUGGGGCCGAAGCUGCCAUGGAAGAUCGGCCACGCCAUGCUGCACCUGCUGGCCUUCAUCCUGACCGUGCUGGGGCUGGUGGCCGUCUUUCAGCUCCACCGCCGCUCCAGGAUCACCAAUCUCUACUCCUUGCACAGCUGGCUGGGCAUUGUCACCGUCUUCCUUUUUGCCUGCCAGUGGUUCUUGGGCUUUGUUGUCUUCCUGCUGCCCUGGAUGUCCGUGUGGCUGCGCAGCCUCCUUAAACCCAUCCACGUCUUCUUUGGAGUCGUCAUCCUGUCUCUGUCCAUCGCAUCUGUCAUUUCUGGCAUUAACGAGAAGCUUUUCUUCAGUUUGAACAAUGCCACUCAACCAUACAGCAAUCUGCCCAGUGAGGCUAUCUUUGCCAACAGCCUUGGGAUGCUGGUGGUGGUCUUUGGGCUACUGGUGCUCUAUAUCCUCCUGGUUUCAUCUUGGAAACGCCCAGAAACAGGGAUCCUGACUGAGGGACAGCCCCUGUUGCGUGAUGGGGAGUGAAGCAGGAAGGGGCACCCAGGAGCAGGUGGAGGUGCUUCCCCUCAGAAGCUCUGCCCUGCCCGGGGCUCCUGUCUGGUUUCAGCGACAGACCUGCCUUGGGCUCUGGGCCCCAAUCUCUUCUGGCCUCCAUGUGGUGGUGGUGGGGGGGGUGUCUGCUCAUUCCACCAAUUUGCUGUCCACCCUCCUUGCUUGGUGGCUCCUUCCUGGCGUCACUUUCUUCGUUCUUCAUUCACUGUGGCCUCCUGCCUGCACCACAGCUGCUCAUGCUGCCCCUGCUUUCUGUGUGGUCAGGCUGAUUUCCCCUUUAGACCCCAAGGAUGUGACAGAAAAUCUUGACAGCUCAAAGGAGCCAGGAGUCAAGGGCAAUCUGUAUGUGAAGAGUGAGGUAUCUAUCUACACCAAUCUGUAUGGUAAUGGUGUCCAGCAGCUUUCCCGUAAAGGCAUGUGUUUCAUUUGGGCCGCCCCCCCGUGGGGUGGGCAUCAUCAGCCAUCAUCUCCAUCCAGCCCACCAAGAUGUGAGGCUGGGCACAAACAUCUCGAGGUGAUGGAAGUAUGGGGGGAGAAUGGCAGCAGAGCAGCUUCUGCAGAGAAGCUGAGCAGCUGACUGCUCUUUGCUGUUCUGUUUCAUGUUGCCAUGUUCCCUGUCUGCCUACAUGGUGACCGUGUGGCUCUGCUUCUACUGCUACAGCUCUGGCCUAGAUCCGGGCCUCCCCUAUGACUUUCAUGCCCGUCACGGUCAGGCGGCCUGAUGAACCCUGGUAGCCUCUUUUUCCAACAACAUCCUGUCCAGCAGGGAUGAUCCUCAAGGGUGCUUCAGACUUCCUUUGCUGCCCCUCACCAGAUCAGGGCCUCUCUGCCUGUCCCCGGGCAGGCUCAGCUUCGCUCUUUUGGCAAAGCGCCAACCCAGCUGAUUUUCACUCUCCAGCUCACCAUAAAAAAGCCAAAGUUGUGGUACAUUGUGCCCAGCGGACCCCAGGGGCCACAGCCACUUUCCAAGGUGCUUCCUGCUGAGUAUCAGACUGCCUUAUUUCCCCUUCUGGUGACUUGCUUGGCCAAACCCAGUCUCCUGUUAUGCCAGAGGGUGAACAGCUGCUUGCCUCUUGAGGAGAAGCUGGGGUUAGGGUGAGGACGGGAGAAAUCUUGUUCCUCUCUUAAGUGAUGGCACUGUGGCUUUUCCUGCCCUCUCCAAAUGAGCCCUGCCAGGUCCCAGGCUCCAUACUGCUGUGCUUAGUGACAAGCGGCACAAUACCUGGGGGCUGGGAUGCAUUUACCCUUGGCAGGUGGAGAGGAGGCUGGCUGUCCACUCCAACCCCACACGGCCCGGUGUCAGCAGGACUGACUGAACUUCCAAGUGAUGGACCCUUUGAAGCCAUUGAGAUAACUGCCAGACACCUCAGUCAUGUGACCAGCGCCCCCUCUUUCCACAUGGGUAGGCCUGUAACCUGAAGCUUGAUUUCCAUUUAUCAUGUUUUUAAGAAUCAAAGCCUCCUCUAUUGUAAUGACAUUGUGGUUAAAUGAGCUCUGGGAAACUUGUAAAAGCCUCUGGGGAGGAACAAACCAAAAGGCCCCAAAGAUCCCAUGACUAUCCUCCUGGAA